AUGUCUGGGAGCAGAGCAAGCAAUGAUACGGACAUAUUAAUAGUCAGGACAUCUGAAAUCGUCUGUCAGAAUGAGGAGAUUCUCUGGCUUGCAAGAUUCAUCUGCACUCAGAUAUUAAUGCCAAUCGUUUGUGUGGUCGGCGUGGCGACCAACCUGCUCAAUAUCAUCGUUCUUACGACUGCUGUAAUGCGUUCCUCUACCUCCCUCUAUCUCUGUGCGGUAGCAGUCUACGAUCUACUCUACAACCUUACAGGACUACCCCUGACGCUUAGGACGUACAAAAGUAUGGAGCAGUCUAGCUCCUACAUGCAUGCUCUGGCCUUUCUGUUUUCUUUUGGUAACAUGUGGAGCAAUACGGCUGCCUGGCUGACAUGCACAUUCACUAUUGAACGCUUUCUGGCAAUAUCUACACCCAUUCGCUCCAGAAAAACAUUUUCUCUGCGCCGAACACGUGGCAAUAUUGCAUUUGUGUGUAUAGUGACGGCCAUCUUUAGUUUGCCAGACUUUUUUGAAAGGACCGUGCUCAAGACUUUUCGGUUGCACUGUGGAUUCGCAGCUAAUAAUUCCUGUUUGUCACUCAAGAAAGUAUCCGCCGAUGACUUCCAUUGUGGUGAGGUCUACUAUGCCUUUGGGAUUUCCUGGUUUGGCAAAUACCUUCAUGAUAUUGGGUGGUCUUAUGCCACAGCAGCUUUGUUUGUCUUCAUUCCGCUAACAAUCCUGACUAUUUUUAACUCACUACUUAUAAGAUCGGUUAUUAGUGCUAGCCGCAAGCGAGGCAAUAUGCUAGGGAAUAUUCCUGUUCCCAAUAAGCACUGGAAAGAUAGGACCAUUGUCCUGACACGGACCCAACGGGAUCUAGCUUGGAGAAAAUGGUGGAUCAACCGACCCUCGGACCGAAAUGUGGGGCUUUCAUCACAGCUAACUUCGAAUCCAGCAGACUCAAGUUUAGAAAAUUUCGCCACGGUGACACCCACAAAGGCUAUGAAGCAGAUGAGAUAUCCCUACGACUGCGUUGGCACUACCAAAGCAAAUCCUGCUGCAUUAUCCAGCAGCGAAUCAUCCUGCCGACACAGCGAGCAUUCUAAAGGAGCAACCAAGGAGAGUGUAAAAUGGCCUACUAGGAAUGGAAUUAUUCGAACGAACUUCCACAAAAGCAGUAACAAUAAUUCUAUAAUUUCGCGAACAAGAAACCAGGACAAGAACGCCAUCACCAUCACCUUGAUUGCUGUUGUCGUGGUGUUUUGUCUGCUGAACAUUCCAAGUGCUAUUCUGCACCUUGUCCGCCCCUGGUUUUUGCCAGGAGAUAUGCGCCUUAGAAUCGCGGGCAACGUUUCCAACCUAUUACUAAUGCUGAAUUCUGCACUAAACUUUUUUCUGUAUUCUAUGUUUAGUGCACGGUUUAGAAAUUCAUUUAAAACUCUGAUUCUCAAACGUUGUCAGUGA